GCAAAGUCUGGAAUCGACCCGUUUAAAGCACCGUAUCUACGGUGAGCCUGUGCACACCAGAACCCCCCCAACUCACCGCCUGCGGCGGCGCUUUCUGGUCUCUUCUACCUAAAAUUCCCACCCUCAGCUCCCAUGAUCCCUCCUCCACCUACCCAUGACCGUCGCUAAAUCCACCGCCCUUCGCCACCUCUCCCGCCUAAUCCUCCGCUGCGGCCUCGCUGUCUCUGCCGCCGCCCUCCGCCACGACACCACCGUCUGGACCCCCACGCCGCUCGUCAAAGUCUCCCCCGCCGCCGAAUCGCUGUUCCUCGUCACCGUCGACGUGUCGAGAUCUCCCGAGCUCGCCGCGUCCUACACUAGCCCCGGCCAGUACCUGCAUCUCUGCCUCCGCGGCCGCCGCACGGUCCUCGCCAUCUCCUCUCCUCCGUCGAUCGCCGCCUCCAGCGGCGUGUUCGAAUUUCUGGUGAAGCCUAUCCCCGGCUCCACGGCGGAGCUCCUCUGCGAGCUGCGGAGAGGCGAUGUUGUCGAAUUGAGUCAGGCGGUUGGUGGCGGUUUCGAUGUGGAUCGAAUCUCGCCGCCGGAGAAAUAUCAGACGGUGCUCAUGUUCGCCACAGGAUCUGGAAUUAGCCCAAUUCGGUCUUUGAUCGAGACAGGCUUUGGUGCUGAUAAGAGAAAUGAUGUUAGACUCUAUUACGGGGCCACAAACCUUAAUAGAAUGGCAUAUCAGGAGAGGUUUGAAGAGUGGCAAUCAACAGGAGUCAAUAUUGUGCAAGUGCUGUCGCAUCCUGAUGAUACUUGGAGAGGGGAACGAGGUUUUGUGCAGGCUGCUUUUGCUAGAGCGAAAAGAAUCUUGAGCCCAGAGUCUACUGGAGCAGUGCUCUGUGGCUACAGAAAGAUGGCUGAGGAGGUAACUUCUAUUCUUGUAUCCGAUGGAGUAGCAAGUGAAAAAUUUUUGAAGAAUUUCUGACAUUUACAUGAUUGGAUAGUGAGCUUGUAACAUUAUACUACCAAGCCAUUCAUUUUCUUGUGCUGAAAAUCUGGCACGAGACAGAAACAUAUAUAGAAUAAAACCAAGUUGUCAAACUUGAACAUGUUCCUGCAAUGGUGAAGUUGCAUUUCCAAGUUGAGGCAUGCAAGGAAGCAUCUUAGAUUAGCAAGAUGCUCAAAAUUUUGAUGGUGUAUUACAUUUGUAUUUUAGGCUAUUGUUGUUUUCCAGCAUCUGGGUAAUCUUAUUUGUAAACCCUAAACCCUUUGUAAACCCAUGUAUUAGGAGUAAUAUUUAUCAAGACUUGUUAUUUAUUAGAAGUAAUAUAUGAAGACUUAGUUUUAGUA